AUGACUGGAACAUUGUUCGGUUUAGGCCUUGCACCAAUGCCAUGGUAUUGUUCUCCAGAAAGAUUCACUCUUGCUGUCAGACCAAUGGCUUCUUCCAUUAACGGUAUGACAUCUUGGUUAUUCUCUUUCAUCAUUGUUUAUGCUUCUCCUGCAAUGACAAAAUCUAAGAUAGGUUCCCUCGGAACUUUCUUGUUUUAUGGUAUUGUCGUUAUUGCUGGUACAAUUUUCGGCUUCUUUGUUAUUCAUGAGCCUGACACUGUAGAAGCUCUUGACCAUGAUAGUGAUCCAAACAGUGACCAAAAGGAUGAUGCCGAUGCCAAGGAUUUGGAUAACGAAAAGACAACAGAUAAAGUUGACGAAAAGGCUGAAGAAAAUGUCAAUGCUGAGGCAUAA